AGGAGCCAAGGAAUUAGGACUUGAGCGCGAAUAUUCAAGUUUUACUGUACUUAGUGGAAAUUAUAUUCUUAUUAGAUACCAACAUCGACAAUGAAUAAACUAUGUUUUGUUGCUUAACAUAUUAUUGUUUUCUGUGAGCAAGAUUAUCUAAAGCAAUGUUAAUUAUAUACUUAAAGUUUCAGUGUUUUUAUUUGCCCAAGUUUUGACAGAUAACCUAGAAAGACCCAGUAUCAAAGUAAAAACAUUGAGUAAUAAAAACAUUGGGUGUUUAUUUAUUAUUAACUGUGAGAUAUGCAGCUACUUAUUCAGGCCAGCCCUUUAAUAGAUAAGCUGAAACACUGGCAUCGAGCUAUAUCUUUCAAUGAAAUUAAAUUAACGACAUCACAAAAGGUUGUGUUAUGGAGUAUAGGUGUUGUUGGAACAAGUGCGGUAGUGGUGGGUGUGCUUUCGAGGUAUCUCGCGAGGAAACGGGCAAAACCUAUCAUUAACCCAAGAAUCCAAAGGGCAAUAAACAAAAGAAUAUCCCGAAUGCGGAGUCCCAAUGGUGGAAUGGGCUCGGUGGCCAGCAGUGGUGGACGUAGCAGUCCACUGGGAUUCAGUGAGCGACUCUCACUUGCAUCUGGUUCUAUUGGAUCGGGUGCAGGAGAUGCAGCUCCUUUGUCACCACAACAACUCGGAGUUAUGGGCAUGGAGGCUCUGGAAACUAGUAUAAACUACUGGGAGGACGCACUCGCCGCGUUCUCUCUGGGAGCGCGCGGGGGUGUGACGGGCACGCUCGCACUCACGUCGCCCGAGGAGGCCGAGUUCUGCCGGGAGAUACAGGAGUUGCUGCAGAACGCCUAUAUGUUACAAGAGCGUUGCGAGUUAUUAUUCCUGGACCAGCGGUCGGUGCUGUUCCGGUCGGAGAGCGGCGGCGCGACGGCGGGUGACGCGGCGUCGGCGGGAGGUAUAGGGGGAGCAGGCGGGGUGGCGGGAGGGCGCCGCUCCCGACUCCUCUCCACGCACACAACCUCCUCGCACACCAAGCGCGAGCAUCACUCCAGUGCUGAAUCCUUUGCUUCCGCUGAGGACCAGGUCGCUGAUUUACGCGAAUUCGAUGAUUUGUCGGAGGCGUUACCUGAACUAGAAAAUUUGGAAUUAUAUCAAGCGGCUGUAAAACAAUUCGAAAAUGGAAUACCUUACAGAACAUUACGCACCGACGUGGUGCAGUGCAGCUCGGACUCGGAGUUCCUGUGCAAGCUGUACUGCCUGCGGCUCGCGUUCCAGCAGGUGUUUAAGGACGCGGCGGUGUGGGCGUGGUUCGUGGACGCUGGAAGACAAGUCCUCACCGAUCUGUUGCUGUUCGCUGAUAAGGAACCGAAAGAGUUUCUAGUGGCGUAUGAAGAAAUGGUUUCAUGGGCGACAGACGGGACUAACUGGUCCACUAUUGAGAGCGAGUUAACAAGCAAGGGUGUUAAGGCGCUAACAUUUUACGACGUGGUGCUAGACUACAUUCUUCUGGACGCAUUCGAAGACCUCGCGUCGCCGCCGUCGUCGGUGCUGGCGGUCGUACGCAACCGAUGGCUCUCCGAUGGUUUUAAAGAAAGUGCAUUAACAACAGCAGUGUGGUCCGUUAUAAAGGCCAAAAGACGUUAUCUACAAUACCCAGACGGCUUUAUGGCGCAUUUCUACUCGAUAUCGGAACACUUACUGCCAGUGCUCGUGUGGGGCUUCCUCGGGCCGCAGGAGCGACUGCGCGACGUCUGCGAGAGCUUCCAAGCAGAAAUAGUUGGGUUUAUUACGGACUUGUUCAGUUUCGAAAAAUGUAGGUACACUACGGUCGAAGAUUUGUCGGCAGAUAUAAUGCAACACGCGCGGUUGCGGUCCGCCAACAUCACAGACAAACUGUCGGAGAGGAACUAACACAAUCAACCCACUGUAUUGUGCUUUCACGUAAGCAAUAUUGUACAACAUGCAUUUACCCUUCGUAUUCAAGCAAUAGAAAAUGUUAAAUCAAUUUAAUCAAAAACAAUUAACGAAUAGCUGUUAGUUGCUGUAGAUAUGUUGACUCCAAUUUUUAGUACGCUAAUGAAUCGUUCAGUAAUCAUAAACUUAACCAAUAUUUUCUAUAGCUUUAAAAUAAUAUUAAUAGGCAAAGCAAAGUCGACGGUAGGUAAAUUUACGGGUGAAGGGGAAUACGGGUUACUCAUAAAAAUCGUGAAAAACAAUUACUAAUUAUGGCCUUAUUCUUACGUGUUACAUUAGUUUAUGCUUGCAAUCUUAUAAUUAAUAACCCCUUUUUUACCGGACUACUUUUAUAAAUAAUAUAAGGAAAACUGUUACUGGGCAACUCAUAACCAUGCUAUUUUCGGCCUGUAGUCGGUCUAGUUACUAAUUAACGUUAUUAUUAUUUUUAAGAGGCGUGACGAGACUGUCAACGAUGGCAAUAUGAUGUAACGGGGACGAAAUGUUGAAGUCUACAUGCUUGUUAUUUUAGUGCACUUAAACAGCAGUGAGUUGAGGUCUGGGGCUCGUGGGGGCACGGUUUGCAUAAAAUAGAACGUAAAACAGGGCGAAUGGGAUAAAAUGGAAGUAAAUUUCUAUCUAAAACAAGUGUCGCUCACAAAGCCGCACCAUCACCAACAGGUCUCAAAAUAGGGCUUCAUAGCGUCACUUGUCUGACGCCAGCGCCAUCUAUAAAAACUCAAUUAAUAAUUCCAUUAUUUCCCAGCAGAUAACUGGGAUAAAAGUAGCCUAUGUCCAGGGUAUGGUCUACCCGUGUUCCAAGUCAUCCAAAUCCGGUCAGCUAUUUCUGUGUACUAAUACUAACCAAUAUCCAAACAUUUUCAAUAACUUUCGCAUUUAUAAUAUUAGUAAGAGUAAGAAGUAAGAUAAGAUUGUCCAGAUUGAGCAAAUAAUUGUAAUCGCUAUACACUAUACAGUGUACGCAGCUAUCUUAACAACACUUGGUCGCCUUUAUUUGGUUAGCUUAAAUUUGAUUUAUUUCAGCUCCGUCUCGCCCCGUUUUCUCGAUGAUAUAAUUCCAGGCAUUUAAUAUAUACAUGAAUGCAAUUAAUGGCUUAGAUAAGGCUUAUUGCUAACAUUAUAUUAUGUUUUACCCAACAUCAAAAAUGAAAGUAGCCGAGGGCAUCAUGUCACUUAGCCUUACAUGAUAUAAGGAACAUCGUAUUCUUAUUUUCAUUUCGUCAGGACUUUUCUCUUUAAUACAACAUGAAAUAUUUGUCUACAUUAUUUUAUAAGUAAGAAACAUUAAAUCUUAGAAAUGUAAAUCAACCAACUGUAUCAUUUGUCAAGUUAGUAGUCUUUAAUGAGUGCCAUCUGUCCAUUCUAACGCAUGAUGACUAAAAGGCAAAUAUAAAUAAUAAAUUUAAAAUACUUAGGACAAUCCGUGAGACGCCUAAUAAGAAAUUUAAUACAAAAAGGAUUAUAACUUUAGUCAUUAUGCGUUGUAAUUUCUAAGGCGCAUAUUCACAAAUGUUAGCUUAGUAUGAAACAAUGCUGCCAUGAUAAGUCUGUUUCUCAGUGCUUCCGGGAUGACAGUAUAAACAGGCAUAUGGGCCGUGCGAUUGGUUAAUAUUAGGACACAGCUUUACUUCAAUAUGCUGUCUGAUAGUCAACGAAAAACAAUAAUUGUCCACACUAUACGUUCGGGUGCAUUGCUUCAUAGUUUUGUUUGUGAAUAUGCGUGUUAGACUUGUACUGUUGCGAUCUAGCUGUAUGGAGUAGGCUAUUAUAUAAUCUUGAGCUAAAUUAUAUUUUAUUAGAGAAUUGUGUAAAAGUAACAUUCCUGAUGACGACGUCGACUUCUAUUGUUGAUAUCAUUUUUCAUAGAAUUGCAAAUAACAUGUACAGUUUAAUUUAUAUAAUUUAGUUGUAAGCUUAAGUGAUUGAUUCUUAUAACUGCCAUCUUUUAAAUAUUUUAAGUAUUUGGACCUUUUUCACCUUUCUUCUUUACGAUAGUAAUAAAAAAAAGGUGUUAGGACGCGAAAGAACUCCGUAAUAUCCCACCAUGAGAUACUAUCGUCCAAUAGCAAUGAAACUAUUGUUAACUGGUUCGGUGAAAAUCCAUUUUUGAACGUUUCUGCUACAUUAUAAUCCAAUCUUCCGUAUGCCAACUCCAUUGUAAUAGCUUCUCUGCCCAUCCGCUAAGAAACUAAUAUUUGCCAAACUAGUCUAAUUAGCUUUGUUGUGCCUAAAUCAUAAAAGAGCAUAACUUUUGUUGUUUAUUUAAAUAGAUUAACUACCGUUGUUUCCAAGUGUUUUGACAAAAUAUUGAUAGUGUAUUUCCAUCUGCCAAUUCGAUCACAUUUUACAGUAAUAAAAUAGGUAUUGGAAUAAUGCACAUUCCAUGGCAAACAUUUGAAUAUUUGCAAUAAUUAUUUUUACAAAAUAGAGAAGUUGUAAGCCAUGUACAUCUUUUAUUUAUAUAAAUAAUAUCAUGGAAUAUUUUGCAUUGUUUAAUACGGAAUGAGCCAUAGUUGAGUUGUAAAUGUAAUCAACUGUACAGCCUCCAAUGUAUUUAAUUUUGUAUAUAAUAAAUUCUUUAGAAAAAA